AUGCCCCAAAAUAUUUUUUUUGAAUUUUCUAUUAGUUUUUCAACUUCAGAAGAGUAUAAUGAUUUUUUUUGGUUUUAUGUUCUACUCUUUUUUAUUGGAUCUGAGAAUAAUUUCUAGCUUUAGUUAGAUGAAUUAUCAAUAUUUUCGUUACUAUUUUUUUGGAUAUUUGCCUAAUCAUCAUAUUUUGAUUGCUAUGCAAGAUUAAAGUGCUGCUAUUUUUCAAAUAAAUCUGUCAAAAUUAAAUCUCCUUCAUACUUUUUUAGGUUAUCCUCAUUUAGGAUUUAAUUUAGCUUUGAUUUGACAUUUGAUACAUCAUCAAAUUUGUUCUACUUUAUAAAUUUUAAUAACUAUUAUAUUUGGUCUUUUUGA